CAAUAGCGCGGCGUUACCGUCAUUAACACAGCAAAGUGUUGCCUAUGUGGGGCUCGCUCUAUAGUCAUCUACUGUCUUUUCGUCGGGCCAGAGGUGUUACGGUUCACACUCUAACUCUUUACCCUUAUUUUUCACAUAAAAGAUUUUUUUUAAAUAAUAUUACAACGCGAUGGUACUUAUAAUUUAUAAAUAGUGCGAUUAUUUUUAGUGAAGUGAUUUUGUGUGAAAAUAGACUAUUUAUAUAUAAGUAUGUUUUUUUAGUUUACAUGACUCGAAAAGUGACGGUUGUAUAAAAAAAAUAAAUGUUUGGGAAUUGUUGGAAGAGCGUCGCAAUAAAUUUUUUAUGAUUUUCCUGAAGCGGUGGAGGAAUCUAGUCGAUUCUGCCGCGUCCAAACCAAACAAAUGCGUUUCGAAACAGGCAUAGACUCCGUGCUAGACCCAGCAACAAAGUCGAAGACCACCACCAUGGCCUACCACCCGUUCCUGCAACUGCCCCGCCAAACGGACUUUAGUGUAUCGUCGCUGCUGACGGCGGCCAACGGCAAUUCGACGAGCUCGACGUCGCCGCCGGGCGGCGGGUUCUUCCCGUCGGCGGCGCUCGCCGCGCUGGGGGCGCAGCAGGGCCAGCACGGCUGCUAUCCGGGCGCGUUCCUGCCGAAGAUCAACCAUCCGCAUCCGCACCACGCGCUCACCGGCCAUCCGUACACGACGGCGGAGGACGUGGUGCUGGCGGCGGUGGCGGCGCACAAUCACCAUCCGGCCAUGGUGAGGCCGUUGAGGGCCAUACAGCCCGAGGAGGACGGCGUCGUCGACGAUCCUAAAGUUACUCUCGAAGGGAAGGAUUUGUGGGAGAAGUUUCAUAAAUUGGGAACGGAGAUGGUUAUCACCAAAAGUGGAAGGCAAAUGUUUCCCCAAAUGAAGUUUCGAGUGUCAGGCUUAGACCUGAAAGCGAAAUAUAUCCUCCUGUUGGACAUUGUGGCUGCCGACGAUUAUCGAUACAAAUUCCACAACAGUCGGUGGAUGGUGGCAGGAAAGGCGGAUCCUGAAAUGCCAAAAAGGAUGUACAUCCAUCCAGAUAGUCCUUCGACGGGUGAGCAAUGGAUGCAAAAAGUCGUCUCAUUCCACAAGUUAAAAUUAACCAACAACAUCUCCGACAAACAUGGAUUCUUGAAAGACAAAGCGGUAGAACUUCUGACGAUAUUGAACUCCAUGCACAAAUACCAACCCAGGUUUCACUUAGUUAGGGCCAACGAUAUUUUGAAACUUCCUUAUUCGACGUUUCGGACGUACGUCUUCAAGGAAACCGAAUUUAUAGCAGUGACAGCGUACCAAAACGAGAAGAUAACUCAACUGAAAAUCGACAAUAACCCUUUCGCCAAAGGAUUUCGAGAUACGGGUGCCGGGAAACGAGAAAAAAAGCAGGCCAUGCUAGCGCAGAGGCAUACGGACGAUAAAACCACGCAUCCGCUACCAGCUCGCAUGUCCGCCGACAGUAGUACCGUUUCCAAGACGGACGAUUCGGAAUUGGACGUGGUGGGUACUGCGGACAGUCCCAGACCUUCGUUACAUUCUUCUACACCAAUCGCCUCGUCUUUGAAUCAAACUGGUGCAGAAGAAGAUUCGAUCCGAAGGCGCCUCCACGAAGAUUCCGGUUCGGAGAGCAGCUGUUCGGAGUCGCCGGGCAGCACGGCGUUCCGACCGAGACCGGCGUCGUCGCCCAAAGAAUCGCCGGCGGGCCCGUCGAACCCGUCGGGCGAGUACCCGUCGCCCAACAUCAGCGUCGGGCCGCCCAUCCACCCGCCGCCGCACCUGCUGCCGUACCUCUACCCGCCGGGCAUGUACCCGGGCGCCGGCCACUCGCCGUUCGGGCCGCCGCUGAGCCUCUUCGCCGGCGCCCACGGGCCCGGCAUGAACCCCGGGCUGCUGUUCAACGCGCAGCUGGCGCUGGCCGCCCAGCAUCCGGCGCUCUUUUCGCACUACCAGAACCUGACGCACGCCGGCCCGCACGGGCACCACCUGUCGCCCACGUCGCCCAUCCACGGCCACCUGAAGGGCGGGCACCGGUUCGCGCCGUACGCGCUGCCCAAUUCGGGCGGCGGCGGCGGCGGGGUGAGCUCGUCGCCGUUGGGCAGCGCGUUCGAGACGGUGACGCCCGGGUCGCAUACGCGGAGCUUGAGCAACUCGCCGUCGGGGAGGGCGCGGAGCGGGUCGGCGUCGCCGCCGGCGCCGGCGCCGGCGCGGCCGGGCUCGGCGUCGCCCAAGCCGGAGACGGCCGGGUCGCCGAGCGAUUUGAAGAGCAUCGAGAAGAUGGUGAACGGGUUGGACGUGAAGCACGAAGACAAUGAAAAAGAAUCAAUCAACUACUUACAAUACCUUCGUUAUCGACUAAGAAGUUGCCAUCCAUUCUAUGAAAUCCACUGAAUUUAAAUUUCAUCAUAAAACUAUUUGCUAUCUUAUACGCACAUUGCUUUUUACAAUUUUUUUUGCAUUCGUUGACACCGCACUAUAAAUUUACCUAAAUUCGUAUCCUCUUUAGUGCCAAAAUUCUUACCAAAUUUCAGUUCUUCUACCACUAUGUCUUCGAACGCAAGAAAAGUAGAACGAUUUUGGAACCAAUUUUCAAUUGAACCGUUACAUUUCGCAUGAUAGAUGUAAAGAUAGUGGACCUGUGAUAGAACCUUGUGGAAUUCAAUUUUUUGCACUGUCACAAUUGACGAUUCAAUUGAACUGGAUCACGCGAGUGAUUUUUAAAAAGGGCCUUCGCACAAAAGAUUUACUCCCAACUCUAACGGUAUUCAAUUUCACAACCAAAUUUCUCUUACUGUUAUAAGAAAUUUUAAAUACAUUUCUUGUAAGUGUAUUUUUUAUUUCGUUAUAAAUUGUACGAGGGAAAAAUUCAAUUCACUUGCGCGAUCUAUAAUAUUUAUUGUGAGGGUAAUAGUGAUCUCAAAUAAAUUUUUGAGUGACCGGUUUUCUAAACGUUUGGGAUGUUUUUGCAAUAAAGAAUAGCUCAUGAAAACUGUUUCCUAAUGGAUAAAUUAAAAAUUGGCAUUUUUAAUUUUUUGCUACGAAGGAUUUGAAGUGUUGUAAGGAUCACUUUGAAUUUGAAAAAAAAGUGCUUUUCCUACAAGCUUAUUGAGUACAAAUUACAUUUAUACGUGUAUUUUGUGGAAGAAAAAAUAUUAGGAGAUUAUGCAAUUUUUAGUUUAUUUUUUAUUGGUGCUGCUAUUUUUAGUUUUUUAUUUGGGCACUAAAAGUUAUAUGAUUUCUUGUUAAAGGGCGAUUUACAUUUUUUACUUACUACGUGUUUUCAUCAAUUGCCUAGGUCAAUUAUUUUGUGCUCUGUAAGUUUUUGUAAGAAAAAAUUGUAAAUCACCCGUUUGACAAAAUAAUGUGCGUUUAAAAUGAAAACUGUUUUAAACACAUUAUUGCUUUUAAAAAUAAUUUAAAUUUAAUUUUUCCUUAGUUUAUGAUUUUUAGUGCCAUUUUCAUAGUGAUUUUUUAGACUGUAUCCACAUAAAAAUCGUACGAAUAAAUAAAUAUAUUAUAUACAUAGUUU